AGCCGGAAGCACGAGGAGGACGGCGGGGGCCGCUCCGCCGCUGCGGGAGGGAGGGCUGCGGCGCCGCCCGGCGGUCGGGAGCGGGCGCGCAGUGCCGGCGCUGCCCCGUGCUGCUCCAGCCUCGGCGAGCCCUCAGCAGGGACCAGCUAGAGAGAUGCAGUCAGUAUGAAGAACUGCGGACCAGCUCCCAGACCAGAUAUGCUACCAGCAUGGGAACUAUGUGCCUACUUGUUCCUUACCAUUGGCUCUCACUUCUAUUCUUUCUAUGAAGUGUACCAGGUUUCUCAAAAAUAUGAAGAUGAAAUUGACAGAAGCUUUGGACUGGAACAAGGGACUCUGUUUUGGGGCCUUAAGAAGGAUGCCUUGGAUUUUGAGUGGAGCUAUUGGAUUGAAUGGGGAAGGGAAUACAUACUUUGGCUUCUGGCUGGUCAUCUGCUGGUAUCACAGAUGUGCAGGCUGUUCAUGGACAAGUAUAAACCGUGGUGCUUGAUGGUGUAUGGAAUGGCUGCCUGCUGGUUUUUAUUAGGAAUCAAGGGCUUUGCGGUCAUUUUGAUACACGCUGCUAUUUCGUUUGCUGUGGCUCAGUUUCAGAUACCACUCCUGACAUGGCUGUGCUCACUUAUCCUGUUAUCUACUUUACGCAUACCAGCAGUGGAAGAAGCCAAGAGAAAGUGGUAUGACACUGAAAAUGAGUAUUAUCUGCUUCUCUUCACGGUGUCUGUUCGUUGCCUCUUCAACACAAGUUUCAGCCUGGAAUACUGCUGGCAUGGACAUGACCAGAAAUCAUCUCAUUCAUUUCUGUGGAUGCUGGCAUAUGUGUUUUACUAUCCCACAUUCCACAAUGGACCCCUUAUUAACUUUGAUGAAUUUAGUAAGCAGAUGAGGAAACAAGAAGCCUUCAGUUUGAAGACCAAUCUUGGCAUCUUAAUCGUGCGCAUAAUUCGAAUUUUCUUUUGGUGGUGCUUGGCUGAGCUAAUGAUUCACUUCAUGUAUAUCCAUGCUAUCUGCAGCACUUCUUCACCUUUGGAAGCUAUGUCAUACUGGGCCCUAGGUGGUGUGGCUUUAGCUCAAGUCUUAUUUUUUUAUGUGAAGUACCUUGUUCUGUAUGGUAUUGCUGCCCUCCUUCUCCAGAUGGAUGGACUCAGACCUCCAGCCCUUCCUCGCUGUGUGAGCCUGAUGCACAGUUUUACUAAAAUGUGGAGAAGUUUUGAUGUUGGGCUCCAUCGCUUUCUAGUCAGGUACAUUUAUAUUCCCAUGGGAGGAUCUCAGUCCAGUUUGCCAGGAAUGCUCUUUUCCACUGCCCUCACUUUUGCCUUUGUAAGCUAUUGGCAUGGAGGACAGAGCUAUCUGUGGUACUGGGGAGUACUUAAUUGGCUUGGAGUGAUUGUGGAAAAUGGCGUCAAAAGGAUACUUUCUGUUUCCAUUAUUCAAGACUUAAUCGAACGUUUCUUCUCACCAAGAGUUCAUCGCCGACUCCACGCUGUCCUAGCAUCUGUUUGCACUUCAAUGUUGAUUUUAUCAAAUCUAAUAUUUCUUGGAGGAAAUCACGUUGGAAAAAUCUACUGGAACAGGAUCUUUGUGGAAGGCUGGCCAUGGGCAACACUGACUGUUCUUGGCUUUCUGUAUUGCUACGCUCACGUUGGCAUCGAAUGGCAGCAUUCAUACGCUGUAACCUGGGAGUGACGCAGGGCAAUGAAUCCUGUGCCAGCUUACAGAGAGGGGACUUUUCUACAGUGGUCAACUUAUCUGCAGAAGAACGUGCCAGACCACAUCAAUGUGUUAGAGCUGGAAGUUCAUUUAACUCAUUCUGCAUUGUGGAUUCAGUAAAUCUCAGCAGAAACACCGGUGAGCUACAGUACAGAGUGAAGAGACACUAUCAAGCAAUUUAAUUUAUUUUAAUAAAACAGCUACUCUGUGACUAUGUGUGUUGAAAGCACGUGCCACAUGAUUCAUAUUUUGUAUAUGGGAAAGACUGCUUUUGUUUCAUGUUUGCUGCCCAUUUCAACAUACUGGAAAACUUUUUUCCCUACACUGUACUAUUCAGACAAACUCCAGUCCCUCAGCUGCUGGCCGGGGCACCCAGGGCCAUGCCCUGCACUUCCAUUACUCCGUGACCAGCAGGAUGCUCAUCAGUUCUUUUUGAUUGCUUUCUGAUUUAAGGUAGAACACUUCUGAUGUUCUCUCUGGCUGCAGUUUUUCAUCCAUAAAGCACUUUUCUACUUAGUACUGGAGCAAAGUCUGCUUUUUCUCUAUUUCAUUUAAACUUUUUUUUUUUUUUUUAGUAGUUUUAGGAAUGGUUUUGUUUGUUUAAAAAGAGGCAGCUCAGUCUUUCUUGAUAAAUAAAUUAACAUCUUUUCUUUUUAAUCUCGUGUGACCUUACAGCUCCUGGGUCUUUAAAUGCUCUGUGCCUUGGGUUAGAGCUAAAACAUGGAGUGUUACCUUUGUGAUGGAGCAAAUCCCACUUCCAGGGGAGCUGUGGAAUUUGCCUCUUGUGCUUCUCUGCCGUGCAAGGAAAUAACCCAGGGAGUGGCUGGUAAUUCUGCUUCGUUUUCUGUGUCCAGGCACUCAGCUCCUGCAAAAUUAAAAAUGCACUAUGAGUGGUGUUUUAAAAGCUUUAAGAAUAACACAAAACUAAACAGAAUUGUUCAUUACGAUGGCACUCAGGUAACCAGAGCUCUGUGUCCUUUACCCAGAGUGAGACCUGGUACAGCAGCUCCUUUGCCAAAGCUCUGCUUGUUGUGCUUUGGAGCACCAAGGCAGUGAGGGUGCUGUGGCAUGCACUGUUUCCCAGGGGGAAGGAGAGCCUACCCGUGUCUGGUAUGAGGCAUAUCUCCUAGUCUGUUCCUUUUUAAAUAGAUAUCGAAUAGCAACUGGAAGUCCUAUCGUCACAUAGGCUACACUUUCCUUUAGGUACAACAAAAGCCUCCGACCCCAACGAGAGCUGCUGCUGAGAGCGAUUAACUGCUCCUGAAGCACUAAGUUGGCUUCAAAACAUACUUCUGUGUCCCUGGCAGCCACCUGAGUCAUCUCAGUAUCCUGCUGUCCAUUGCUCAUGCAGCUUUGGACAAGGCUGAUCAAGAACACCUCUUCAACAAGAAGCUGAGAUAGGCUUCAUCCUGGUGCCUGCAUUUACACAAUGUCUCUGCUGUGCAUAAGUACAGCAGACACUUCAUUUGUGCCUGAAGGAAUAAGGGUAAAUUCUUCAGCUCCCUGCCCAUCCACACAGUCAGCCCAUCUCUCAGCCAUCCUGCCAGCCCUUUAUUUUUAGGAAAGGAUUUUUACACCACACAAAUGCAGUGUGAAAGCCUUCAUUCUAGGAGAUGCCAUUGAAUACAAGGCUUACCUUGUAUGCUGCCUCAGCAGAGGGAUGUUCCUCUGGGCUGAUUUAUGGUAAGCACAGGGAUCCUCUCAGCCACACAGCAGCACACUGUUCUCAAGCUGAGAAUUUUCUGGAAGAGUCAGCAGUCGGCCUCCAUCUUGGAGUAGAACUGAGCUCAGACCAAGACCUUCCUGAGACUUAUUGCAAACUUUGUAAUUAUGUGCAAUUAGCAUUGGAUUGAAAAGUGGCGAGUCUGUUCUUCAGCCUGAUCGAUUACUGAUACUGCAUGAAAUGAGGGGCUACUAAGUGAUGAGAUUCCAAUUUGAACGCUUGCAAAAUGCUCUACUCCAUUAUGAAAAUGGCUGUGAAGGUCAUCCAGACUGUGCUCCUUCCUAAACCACAACUGUAUUUUUAGUAUUCUUUUUCUCAGUGCCUUAUGAUUUUUGCUAGCCAUGUAUUGUCUUCCCAAAAAUAAAGCUCAAACUGACA